AUGGCUUCUUCUUCUUCAGCUACUGUCGCAGUGGAGAAGGCGACCAGCGAUCUUCUUAUGGGCCCUGAUUGGACCAUGAACAUAGAAAUUUGUGAUUCCAUCAAUUCUAAUCAUUGGCAGCCAAAAGAUGUGGUAAGAGCUGUGAAGAGGAGAUUACAACAUAGGACCUCUAGAGUUCAAUUGCUAGCUCUCACGCUGCUGGAGACAAUGGUAAAGAACUGUGGUGAUUUUGUGCACUUUCAAAUUGCUGAGAGGAACAUACUGGAGGAGAUGAUCAAAAUCUUAAGGAAGAAGGCAGAUAUGCAAGUGAGGGAUAAAAUCUUAAUAUUGUUGGACUCAUGGCAAGAGGCCUUCGGGGGACCAGGUGGUAAACAUCCUCAGUACUAUUGGGCAUAUGAUGAGUUAAAGCGUUCCGGGGUAGUUUUUCCAAAGCGGUCACCAGAUGCAGCUCCAAUAUUUACUCCUCCUACCCAUCCAAAUUUUAGGAAUAUGCACGCUGGAUAUGGGAUGCCGAGCAAUUCAUCAAAAACACUGGAUGAAACCAUGGCAACAGAGAUAGAAAGUUUAAGUAUGUCAAGUUUGGAGUCCGUGCAAGAUGUUUUGGAUCUUCUGAGUGACAUGUUGCAGGCUGUGAAUCCUAGUGAUCGUGCAGCUGUAAAAGACGAAGUAAUUAUUGAUCUUGUUGAUCGCUGUCGCACAAACCAGAAAAAGCUGAUGCAGAUGCUAACAACAACUGGGGAUGAGGAGCUUCUUGGGCGAGGUCUGGAAUUAAAUGAUACUAUUCAAAGUUUGCUUGCAAGGCAUGAUGCAAUUGCUUCUGGUACUCCGUUUCCAAUUCAAGGAGCUAGUUCCAGCACUGUGUCAACUGAAGUUCAAUCGAGUGUAGAUCAAUCCAAUAUAAAGAGCUCCGGCCCUGGAGAGUCUUCUUCAGAACCUAAAGCGAGCUCUUCAGCCAUAGUCUGUUCUGAAGCCAGGAGCCAGAGUGAUGAAGAGGAAGAAGAUGAAUUUGCACAGCUAGCACGGAGGUCUCUUAGAAAUGAUAUUAUAUUUAAAAUUUAUGUUUCAGUUCUGAUGGUUAUUGAAACAUGUUUUUCAUUUCAGUCUUGCUUGCUUAUAACUUAUCUAAAAGAUAAACUAGUUUAG